GACCUGAAAUCGCAGACCGAGGUGACGCUGAGCAUCGUGCACUGCCCGCCCGUCACCACGGCGAUUGUCCGCCGGCCCGACUCCAAGUACCCGCUGGGCUUCUGCGUGGAGGACGGCAUUAUCUGCAGCCUGAUGCGAGGGGGGAUAGCGGAGAGAGGCGGCAUCCGCGUGGGCCAUCGCAUCAUCGAGAUCAACGGGCAGAGCGUGGUGGCCACGCCGCACGAGAAGAUCAUCCAGAUCCUCACGCAGGCCGUCAGCGAGGUCCAUAUCAAGACCAUGCCAGCCUCCACCUACCGGUUACUGACAGGCCAGGAGCAGCCCAUCUUCCUGUGAAGGGCAGAGUUUGCAUUUACCCAUCUGUGGCUCUGCACAUGCUCCAGCUGCCUGCUUUGGGGCCCUGUCCUGGGACAGCAGCUGCGUCUCCAAGUCCCUCGGGGCCUGCUGGGGGCCAGAUCCCACCGCUUUUCUUGUUUCAUGCAGGGACCCACAAGGCAAACCCCCCUUUGGCCUUUUCUGGAUGUACUGUGCCUGGCCUCACCACACGAGGGGGCUUUGUACCAGGCCUUAGAGACAGGGACCCAAGCUCCUUGGCUCCUCUCCUGGGCCUCGGCUCACUCACCUGUUCCGCUGCCGGAGUUGCCGGGUUGCGGAUCAGGGGCCUUGUUGAUGGGGUGGGCCCUGGAGAACACAAGUGCAUCAAAGGGAGCCCUGUGCCCCUCCUCGCUGCCUGCAGGUGGAAGAUCCCGCCUUGUGUCUGCUGAAUCCCAGCUGAGUCUGCCAUACAGAGCAAGGGUGACUGGCCUAGCCAUGGCUGCUCUCUCCCUCUUGUCCUGCCAGCGGCCUGAGAGGGCCCAGCAAACCGCCCGCGAUUCCAAGUGUAACACCAGCUCCGGCUGAGGGGAGGGUGCUGCCCAGAUGGACAAAGCCCCUCUGGGACCUGCCUUGUUAAUGCUGUUUGUAACGCCCCCUCCCGCAGUGCCUGGGACCAGGGCUGGGCAUUAGAGCCAGAUCCGUGCUUGCAAACUGGCCUCUGGACAGUGUCUGCCAGCUGGCCCCAGGGUGGGGAAGGGUCAGCUGCACCCUCGUUCUGCAGAAAGUCAAGAGAAGCUGCAGGAGCAGCAUGACCUGGCUCAGGCCUAGCGCUGGGCGUGGGGGAAUGUUGGGCUGGAGCAGGCAGCAGAGGCCUGGCCAGCCUCGGUGCGUUGGGUGGGGGAACACGGGAGAAAGGGGCUCUCUGCGAUCCCGCCCGGCUGCUGGAGCCUCUGCC